CCUUACUCUGCCGUGCUCGCUAUAUGCAUUUAUUAUUUGAUUCGACUAUGGAUCACAUCGAUGUGGCUACCAAUAUGCAUUUGAUAGAUCAGUAUUCCAUUACAGGUGCUCUUGUUAUUAUCGAACACACUAUCGAGAAAUUUAUCCAGGAAUCUGAUCAACAUAUUAAAUUAGCCCUAAAACAAGUGAAUCCCGAAUUUAACCAAAUGGUUUCAUUGUCAGGUCAACUUCGCGUAUCAUUAGAAAGCGUGUGUACGGACGCUGUUGAACAAACAAAAUAUAUUCGCAACCAAAUGUUUAAAGAUGUCACGAAUCGUCUUCAUCAGCUCAUUCACCGUAUUGGAAACGAGUUACAAUUAUUAUUAAGAAAUUGAGGAAAACUCGAGUAACAUGGGCCUUACGAGAACAUACAGUAGAUUCACUUCGAUUGGAAAUGCAAGAGGCUGAUAUUGUUGAUGCUUUGUUUAAAGAAUCACGAAAACAGAUGGAUUGUACAUGGGACAAUGCAGAGAAUGAGCUGAUCCAAAGUCCUCUUAAAUUGAACUAUUGGGUUGAUAUUGUGGAAGAAAUAAAGCAACCACGAAAUCAGUCAGAUGUAUAUUGAAAUCAAGCAGAAGAUACAAUCAACGGCGUAAUUGUUGCUCCUGUUAUUAAUAAUGGUUACCCCACAUCUCAUAGUUACUCAUACCCCCUUUGUAAAUACGUUUUAAUUGAAUA